AUGGACCCUGUGGAGAGCCCGGCCGCCAGCACAAAAAGGGGCAAUGCGGGCUGUGCUCUCCCAAGAGCAGUGGAGCAGUUUCACUACCUGCUGUGGCCGGACCACGGGGUGCCCAGAAACCCGUCGCAGCUGCUGUGCUUGGUGGAGGUGGUGAACAAGAGGGCGCUGGAAGCACCCGCUGGACCCGUGCUGGUGCACUGCAGCGCAGGCAUCGGGCGCACGGGUACCUUCAUCGCCCUGGACUUCCUCCUGAAGAUGGGGAAGGCUGAGGGCAAGGUGGAUGUCUUUCACUGCGUGCAGCAGCUGCGGGAGCAGCGGGUCAGCAUGGUGCAGACCAAGGAGCAGUACAGCUUCCUGUACGAGGCGCUCCUCGAAGGCUUGCUCUGCGGCAGCACCGGGGUCCCCGUGGAGAGCAUGGCCAGCCUGGUCCGCUCCCUUCGAGAAGAGGAGGCCUCAGGCCACAACAGUGUCCUGGGGAAGGAGUUCAAGGCCCUGCAGAGAUUUUCAGAGUUGUUCCAGCUCCUGCCAUGCAGAGAAGCAGAGAAACCCAGAAACCAAGCCAAGAACCGCAAGCCAGGGAUCUUGCCAGCGGAUUCCUGCCGGCCCAUCCUGAUGUCCUCGGUGAACGCAGACGGCUCGCCAGCUUACAUCAACGCCGUGUUUGCCAGCACGUACACCGAGGAGGAGAGAAUCAUCAUCACGCAGCUGCCUUUCCCCACCACGCUGGUGGAUUUCUGGGCUCUGGUCUGGGAUUACACUUGCACAUCGGUAGUUGUGCUGAAUCAACUGCAGGAGCUGGACAAGACAUACGUGCAGUUCUGGCCCACCCAGGGCGAAGAUGACUAUGGCCGCUUCCAUGUCCAGCUGAUCUCAGAGGAGCCUGGCGCUGGCUUCACAACCUGGACACUUGUCCUCAGCAACAGGCAGCAGGGAUGGAGCCAGCCGCAGUGGGAUCUUCUGUGCUGCUGGUUUCCUGUGUGAGCAGAUCCAAAGUGAGGGCAUGGUGGAUGUGUCCCAGGCUGUGAGGAUGCUGAAGAGGAGGCGGAGACAGUUCAUUAAAAAUGUGGAACAGUAUGGGCUCUGCUAUGAACUGGCCCUCAGUUAUUUGAAUUCAUUUGAAACCUAUGGGAAUUUCAAGUAGGGGCAUGACCACAGCCUGUCUCUGGAUGGGAUGUUGCCUCCCUGGACAUCCCUUCAUCAGUAACAAUGGAAGCAAGAGGGAAAAAAAGGGAUGUGCAUGGCCCCAAGCUGCUUCACUAUGCUGAAAAACCACCCCAAGGGUCCUCCAUGGCUGAGGAACACAGGCUAGACUGUCUCCAAAUUUUGGCCAGGUGUUGUUGAAAUGGGAACCUGACCCUCUGUGCAGCAUUUGUACAGGAACUUAUGUGGAAUUACAGCCUGCGUAUGCAGACCAGAGCAGAUGCACCAGGACUUCACCCAUCCUUUCUUGCCAAGGAUGAAGAGCACAGCUGUCCCAUCCAGGUUCCCUUGUCCCCUCAAGUACCCCAAGGAACGUGGGGUAGCCCCAACACCCACAUUGUGUUUGGUCAGAGAAGUCUCAAACUGCUGUAAGAUCCAUGGGGCUCAGGAGCACAGGAUAUCUGUCCUACUUUGGGAGAAGCAUGAAGCCCAAAGUCAACAAGAGCCAAGAGUGGGACAACCCAUGCUCCUGCAGGGCCAAAGUGCUCCUUCAAAUGCCACACAAUCUCUUCCUGGGGCUGCAUCUUCCUGGUGCUGCUGCAAGUGCCACUGCCCUUCCAGCUCCAUAGAGGCUCUCUCAUCAGCCUGUGGCUGCACCGUGGCACUCCCAGGUUACAGUGUCUCAACGUGAAUAUCCUGGAUAUGGUCCAAGCAGCACCACAGAAACAGCUUCUGUCUUUGCUGCACAAAGGCAGGAGACUUCAGAGCCAGGAUUGACCCCAUUGCUUUCUGUCCUGUGUCUCACCAAUAAAGGCCAUGGUGGUGGUGA